UUCUCCUGUGCAACUACUUCUUUUGUGCUAAUUUUUUCUCUCCGAAAAAAAUAUUGUUCACCCUAUUUCAAACUGCAAUUCUAACAAUGUGUCUCAAGUAUUCGCGAUUUUCAAAAAAAUGGUUGCCUGCAAUAAUAACGAUUCUUGUCGCAUUUUCCAAUCUGGUGCACGCUGCGCCUUCAAAUAAUGCACAAGCCAGGCAAGAAACUUCCGCGAAUGGCGCCGCUGAAGGAACUGCGCAAACUCUGGACGGCGUCGCUGUCCUGUUGGCUUCCAUAUUCAAAGGAAUCUCUGACAUUCCCGUGAACGCGAUUAACGCUGUGAUUCGUCCAUUACAGCAAUCACAAGGAAUUCCCGUUAUGAUAGGAAACUCCAUGGCGGCCCAACCCAUCCAAAAUGCGCAAAGAUUCCAACAAAAUUCGCAAGCCCUUCAAACUCCUCAAGUUCAAAAUUUGCAACCUCAAUUACAAAGUUUACAAAGUCAAAAUGCUCAAUUACAAAACUUGCAACUCCCUAAUUUGCAAGCCCAAAAUUUGCAACCGCAACCAAUUCAAGUUGCCCCUGUACAACAACAACCUCAAAUCCAAUACGUCAACCCGAUCGUUAUCACGUCACCCCCUGUCCAACAACCCGUCCCCACCCAACCACCCCCCACGACAUCUUCCUCCGAUGACGACGACGCUACCACCACCUCGCCUGACGAUGCUGACGAGGAUUCAGACGCUGAUUCUGAAAAUUCAGACAUUUCUCUUUCUAAGAAAAAUUAAAAAUUAUUUUACGAAUAAAAAAUUCCAUACUUUUAUAAAUAUGUAAAUUUUUAUGUGGACAUUUUCAUAAAAUGUCACGUUUUUCGGUCUUAUUAUAUGCGAACAUAUCUUAGGUACGUUAUUAAA